ACAAUGGCUUCUGAAAAGAAGCUGGGGAAAGAAUUUUUUUUAGGCCGUGAAAAAUAGAGAAAAAUAAUUUCCAAAAUUUGGAAAGUGGAGAUCGCGUGCAAAAACUUAUCGGAAAGAGAUGCCGAGUCAACGGCGGUCAGUAAAGAUGUGCAGCAACACUUCCUGGUCUCCUCCAACGAGAAUUGUUGGAACUGGCUGAAAAGGAAUUGUCUUGGCAGAACUAAAGGAGAUUAUUGUACAUGUGGAGCAAGUCAUGCCAAAGAUCUCGUUGGGCCAUGCAUCUCCUGUGACUGAGAGAGAAGGCGUGCAAUUGGCUCCCAGGCCUCUGCUGUUUCCAAUUAUAAGUGGUUGUUCAGAAGUGUAGAGCAGUGGCCUGGCAACAUACUCUACCUCUUUUGGUAGAUGCCAAGUUCAGGUCAGAUACUUGACCACAGAGUUAUGACUGAUCGGGAUAAUUGUGCAGGGGUGAAUUUCAACCUGUGUCCCUCCACUUCAUGACGCCUCCACUACACUGCACAGGUUCACUUACAGCGAUUCAUGCCAGCGGCCAUGGAAUGUGACAUGGCACCCCUCUCAUCUGAAAGGUGGCACCUUUGGAAAAACAGCGCUUCCUCAUGUACUGCAUUGUUUGCCUGGAUUAUGAGCUAAAGGCCUAAAAUUUCUCUACUCCUCACAUAUUGCUGAAGCAGCCUUAAACUCUGGAUGCAACAGGUAUCUAUCAACUGGAAGUGAUCAUAAUACACAGGCUGAAAACACAGGAAAUACACUUGGUAGUGAGAAGGUGGGUAAAGCCCCAUUUUUCUAGGAACUUGGCCUGUAAGGCUGCAAUGGCAGCUGUUGCCACUGAUGACCUAAGUCAAAUCACAAUAACAAAACAGAAGGAAGAUACGCAGAAGGUUUUAGAAGCCAAAUGGAAAGGGAAGGAGUCAAAGCCAAGGAGAACCCUUGAGUGCCUGAUCUGCGGAGCAUUCUUCAGCAGUGUUGACAAACUUAAAGUCCAUUCAUACUCUCACACAGGAGAGAGGCCCUACACGUGCUCACACCCGGAGUGCACUAAAGCCUUUGUGUCCAAGUAUAAACUUCUCAGGCACAUGGCCACACAUUCACCACAAAAAACACAUAAGUGCACCUACUGUGAAAAAAUGUUCCACCGGAAAGACCAUCUGAAGAACCACCUUCAGACACAUGAUCCAAAUAAAGAGGCAUUCAAAUGCGAAGAAUGUGGCAAAAACUACAACACCAAGUUGGGCUACAAACGUCACCUAGCGCUGCAUGCUGCUACCAGUGGUGACCUGACCUGCAAAGUGUGCCUUCAGACAUUUGAGAGCACAGAGGUUCUGCUCGAACACCUGAAGACACAUUCAGGCAAGUCAUCAAGUGGAGUCAAGGAAAAGAAGCACCAGUGUGAUCACUGUGACCGACGGUUCUACACUCGGAAAGAUGUUCGGAGACAUAUGGUAGUCCACACAGGCAGGAAAGACUUCCUUUGUCAGUAUUGUGCUCAGAGAUUUGGCAGAAAGGAUCACCUGACGAGACAUAUGAAGAAGAGUCAUUCGCAGGAAUUGUUGAAAAUUAAGACUGAACCAUCCGAUAUGAUGGGUCUGCUUCACCCCAGUCCACCCAUAACAGUGAAGGAAGAACUUAGUCCAAUGAUGUGCAUGGCUUCCAAGGAGACAGUAGGUAAGCCAUUUACUAGUUUGCCAAUGAGCAUUUACAGUCCACACAUUCAAGCCAUGACAAAUUCAGGAUCAUCACACAGUCUGGUUGCUAGUUCUCUAGCUAUGGGAAUGGGUUGCCAAAUGGAGUCCCCAUCCUCAAUUCAUUCAGCACCCCCUCAACCCCCUUCUAAGUAUCAGCUUGGAUCUACCUCAUACGCCACUGGCUUGCCUGAGAAGCCAACGGAAAGUUACUUAAUGGACUUGCACAGCAGUUUGCCACUUUCAUCCCAUGAAUCUCAGUCUUCACCAGCUAAAGUAGGUUUAGAUUCGCAAACUGGCCCUCUGGAUGACAUUUCUGGUGAACAUUUGCUUUCCAAAAGCUCUGCUACAAUUAAUGAAUCCCUCUGUACAGCAAACAUGGACUUUUCACAUUUACUGAGCUUCUUACCACUGAACCACCCUACGUACAAUCCACCUGUUUCAGCAGGGGGGCUGGUAAUGGGCUAUGCGCAAAAUGAGCCUCAGUCCUUACUUACCUCUCUUCAGCCUCAGCUGCAGGACUCCCAAGGAUCUGGAAAUGGCCUGAACCUUGGGCCUCUUCACCCAUUGUCUCCAGUGUUUACCACCAGUCUGAGCACGACAACAUUGCCACGUUUCCACCAGGCUUUCCAGUGAACUGCUGUUGCAUCUUUUAUUCAAUAAAUCUGUGCUUGGAGUGGAAUUUAAUGAAGCGCACAAAGCUUUCUCAAAGGACUCAAAGGAAGCUAAAGCUUUGAAGAAGCUUUUAUAAGGCAAUUUCCGUUAUUCAGUUUAAUCCAUAAUAUGGAGGGUUUUUUAAAAAUCUAUUAGCAACUGACGAGGCAUUUACAAACAAUGAGCCUUUUGCUUUCUACACUCUAACAUGGAUACAAAUCCACCUGAGGGCUGAACAUAUCAGAAUUCUGAGAAGUGGAUGAGUUUUAAUGUGAAAAUUACUCCCCAGAUAGCUACAUAUUUCAUAUGUUUUUAACAAACAUGGAGACCUGUUACGAUUGAGAAGUUACUUCAUGAGCUAAACGUCUGAAAUAGAAUUACAGGGAAAAAUUAGUGAAGGAUGGGAAAAAAAUAAUAUAGUUGUUAUAGCAUUAUGCAACGUGUAUUAACCUCUGCUUUGUCUGUCCAAAUUGAGUUUUAAACAACAUUUUGUCGCGCACACAGGUCUCUGCAUGAAACAAAAGUUGCACAGUGAAAUAGACUUAAAUUAUGCUCGCAAUGUGAGUUCUGCCCAGUCAAUUGCCCUCUUGAAAAUAAAGUAUUGGCUUAUUUCAUUGUUAAAAUACCCUUACUUUCCUAAAAAUUCAGACAUUUUGAGAGAACCGGGAAGAUAAUAUGUGACAGAAAGCGUUGCCCCUGCAUAAUUGUUCGAAGAGCAGAGCCUAGAAAUUACUGUUUAUAGUGUUGGUAGGCAAAUGCUUAGCAUGUUCAUAUGACUUUCCCUCUUUGUUAUUUUAAUGGUGGCAUUAACCCAUUUUAAGUAACCUGGUAAAUACAGGUUAAAAUAGAAAAAAGUAUCAGUGAACACUAAGUUGUGAAUGUUGGCAACAGUAAUUUCUAGUCUUUCAUUCCUUUCUGUUAUAGCAACAUUUGUCAUACUGGGGUGUACGAAAAUUUUCAUCUUAUUAGGAAUGAUCCCUAUUUAUUUCCUUAAUUGCAAAGUAUCUGCUUCAUUUUACUCAUUAAUUUUUCUCAUAAGGGUAGAUAUCAUCUAUUUAUGAUCAAUUACUUCGAUCCAUGGUUCAUACAUUAAGUUAUUUUACUGCGGUGUGCAGAGCCCAUACAACAAUCUGCUUAUGAAAGAUUUUGAACAUUAACAGUGGCUCAUUUACAGCAGAGCUUAAAUGUUGCAACAAGUUGAAAAAUGAGCAGUUUAAAUUUUACUGCUGAUUUAUCUAGCCUACAGAUUAAGCACCUCAAUGACUUUGUUCAGUACUAGAUCCAGGAGCACCUUGUUCGUGUUCCCAGUAAGUAUUGUAAAUGCAUUUCUCACUAUAGAUAACAUUGGCAAACAGUGUUGAAAGAGAAAUAGCCUAAAGCAAGGUAGACUUGAACAUAAGUUCGUAACAAAGGUACAUAAUUGCACAAAAAUAAUCACAGCCAAUUGAUCAAAGUUAGCUUGAAGCACAUCUUUGCAGGUGUCUGGCUCUAUUUUACUAAACUAUUGCAGAAUUAUUCUUUGCUUCCAGAUUUAUGGCACACUUAAAACUUAGCAAUAAGAUUCAAUGUCAUGAUAGCCAGUAUGUAAAUGUGUGAUGCAGUUUUCCUUCCAACACUAAUUUUGCUUUAAGAAAAAAUCAGCUUUAAAAAGAAACACUGAACACACUCAAUUCUCAGCUUAAUGGGGAGAUAUUGUGGCUUAAUUAUAAUACAAUUGCUUCUGAUAUUUUAAUCAUCCUGCCUUUUACAUCUGAGUAAUAAUCCUAAAUUUUGUUUUGUGUAUUCAUUUAAACCCCAAACGUAUCCUCAAGAAAUGGAAAGACAUUAUGAUAUACAUCUGUGUAUAAUACUAUAAUGCAUAUUUUAGAAGAUUUAGCUCCAAAUUAAGUAGUUAAAACACAUCAAACUAAUUAAAUUCUUAACCAUCGUCUGCAAGAUGUGCAUUCUUGUCUUGUAGACGUAGUAACCUUAAAAUCCAUUGAGUAUCACUAGACUUUUAUUGUAGUGAAUAUUUACUUUGAAAAUAUUGUACCUUUCCUUGUAUUUAGGAGCUGUGAGACCUAGAAAGGAUACAGAACAGGGUGUUUGAUUUAAGAAUACCCUGAUUAUAUUAAGUCAGGGUUUCAGCAAGAAAGAUUUUUAUGUUAUGCUUGUGUUUUAAUGUAAAGAUUUUAGUUCUGUUACCGUUUUUCCUCUCCUGACAGUGCCUUAUUCUGGCCACCAGAGGCUUUGAGCUAUUUGAAUCUUUAUUUCACAGUUCUCUGAGCAGGAACUCACAAAGACACAACACAUCACCUCAUGCAUGCUUCUUGCUCUAAGCCUAGGAGAAAACCAAACCUGCCUUACAGCGAAUGUGGACACAACUUCACCUCUGGUACAGAAUCAAUAUCAGGAAAAUCCUUUGCUGUCGAUUCACAAUAAGCUAGUUCUGAAUAACAUAAAACACAAUUUAAAAAAAACUUGCAAAUCAACCAUAUCUAUAUUUUAAUAUAUAAAAACUUAUUUUUAUGAAAUUAGGGAAUGAUUAAUAUCACUGCCAAAUUGCUAUAUUGCAGAAUUUUAAUGGCAUUCCUCUCGUAGCUGAGAGUUUUUUUGAAAACUGAAUAAUUGUGACAGCAAUAUUUAUAACGUGGCAUUACUAAACAUUGUAUUCUAAAUAUUUUAGUGGACUUCCUCAGUUCACUAAUUUGGGAGGAAAUUAAAAUGUGGAUUAUUGUGGUCCAAUUGGAAAAUUAUUAAUUACUUCCACGUUCCAUUCUGCCCUGCAACAAAAGGAAAUAUUUAAUAUCACGGCUGUCUUGGAAGCAAAUGAGUGAGGGCAACUCUCUAUUACCUGUGGACAGACAUUUUCCUAGUUAAACUUAAAAUUCUUUGGCUUAAGGCCAAAAUGACAAAAUCAAUUUAUUCUCACAGGUGAACAACUGCACAGUGAUCAAGUACACAUUUUUCAAUGAACUUUAAUUGCUGUAUUCAUUGUAAGGCUAAUAGUUCCUCUUAUGGCUGGUUAACUCACUAUGUUCUAGCACUUUCAGAAACCUUUAUAGGAGAGUAUCUCUUCACCAUAAACUGGUAAUGAAUCUUUUAUAAAAUUAAGUGCCAUUAGAUUUUUGUUAGAUGUAUUAGUAUAUACUUAUGAUAAAAGAGCAUUACAGUGUUUUGUAUUACUACCAUUCAGCUGCUCUGUGUUGUACUUUAAUACGUAGGAUGUCUGAUGUAUAAAUCAACUUAAUGUAAAAACCACAAUUACUCUCAAAGCUUUUUCUUUCUCGUUUAAUUCUGAGUGCUGGAAUCUCCAGUUGAUUCCAUUAAUGCUGAAAAUCUGCAUCAGCAUUCAAAGAGUUACAAACUGUAUUUGCGAGUUGUACAUGUUACAUCUCUCUUCACUGUAUGUUAACAAAUGUUUACCAAUGAUUUAUACAUCAGAUGGCCAAUAGUCAGUGUGCUUCCAUAGUUGCACAAUUUCUCCGUAUUUUGUAGACUCUUUACAAUUAAAAGUGUCAUGUUCUAUGUUUGUACUGAUAUUUUAGGACUGAAUGAAAGCAGAUCAAGGUAAAGUAAUUUGCCCACUUUAUAUUUUUUUCAAAAGUAAAGAAAGUUCAUAGACUUGGGGAAUGGAGGUACAAUCAACAUAAUGGUGUUUGCUGGAUUGUUCCACAGUGGAUGACCGAAGGCUGAAAACAGUUUUGCUUCUUCACAAAUCACUAAAUACUGCUCAGAUGGUUUUC